UAUUAGAGAAAGAAUAUUUUUUUAAUAAAAAAAAAUCUUUUUGUUGGAAAUUAUUAGAUUUUGUCACCCUCGCAUUAAAGUACUUGACCCACUUUUGAGUUAAUUGGAUUCUAAUUACGCGUCGGUGCAAUUUGAUGGACUUAAUAAUAUCAUGGAAAUUGUUAUUAUGUUUUAACAACAACGCGACUUAUUUGUAUAAUCCCAUAUACAACUUUUUAUUGUUUACAAUGUGUGUAAUACUGUGUACGUCGAGCCACCCAUUACUCAAUUAGCCGUAUGAACCACAGUAUGAACUUGCCGUUCACGUCACAACGGACCAUUGUGUUUUAAAAAUGGCAUGCAACAACAAUUUAUAGGUACUUCCGCGUCUCAUUUUGUCUCUCGAAUUCAAAUUAACAAAACCAGACAAAAAAACAAUCAUUAAAAAAAUUUAUUCUCCUCCAACAAAUUUUUUCUUUGUGUCAAAAACAAUGUCAUUUUAUUUUUUUGAUGUUUAAUUAAUCAAUUUAUUAAUCUAUUUUUUUUGAUAUCAACACAAAUGAAUAGGAUUUUAUCGUAUAUCGGCUGCUCACGAUUCGUAAGCACAACAUCUUAUAAAGGAAUUGAACAACGGCCGGUAUGUAGCCACGAAGGUGAAGGAAAAGGAAAUAAAUUUCGGAUAAUCUCCUUGAUAGCCGUUCCGGUUAUCAUCGGUUUAACGGUACUUUUAGUGGUGUAUAGAGAAGAGAAAAAAAGGAUUAAAUUUGUUAAAUACCCUCACAUGAGGAUUAGAUCGAAGAGAUUUCCUUGGGGGGAUGGCGACAAAUCAUUGUUUCAUAAUCCGAGGUACAACGCCCUUUCGGAAGGAUACGAAUGUCCCGAUCCUUUAGAAGAAAGUGAAGGAGGUGGAGGCGAUGAGGGUGGCGAAGAAGGAACCGAAUAAUUAAUCUUAUUAAAACAAUUUAUAUAGAAAAAAUUAUAAUCAAAUGAUACUGAUAAAAUGAAAAAUAAAAAAAAGACGAUUACAUCGCAUUGGAAUGGCGUCUUUUAGAGUGCCUAUUCUAAA